UUAAAACCUUCAUUUAUAUUUGAGGUUGUUUUGCUUUCACGCACCACUUCCCACAUCUCACAUAAUUUCUUGUGAGGCAACUGAAGACGUCUUGUAGGUGAAAAUGUGUUUUUGGCCUCACUUAGGGGAUUAACUGAUAUCGCUCCUCUGUCUGCAGGUUUUGGGAUGACAACACCUGUGACAGUUGCAGGCAAGGUGUUCUUGAUAUUUUAUGGGCUUCUGGGCUGUGCUGCAACCAUCCUCUUUUUUAACCUCUUCCUGGAGCGCAUCAUCACACUGCUGGCUGUGGUGAUGAAAGCUGUGAGGGAACGGCGAAUCAGGAACAGCGGUCUCCUCCCGCCUGGCAUCCGCCAUGACUUCUCAGCGUACUCCCUUCCAGGCUGGAAGCCCUCCGUGUACCACGUGAUGUUGAUUCUCGGCCUGUCAGCGAUCACCAUCUCCUGCUGUGCAUCAGCCAUGUACACCCCCGUGGAGGGUUGGGCGUACUUAGACUCGCUUUACUUCUGCUUUGUCACCUUCAGCACCAUUGGCUUUGGGGACUUUGUCAGCAGCCAGAGUGCAGCUUACGAAUACCAAAGCCUCUACAGGGUGGCCAACUUCCUCUUCAUGCUAAUGGGUGUGUGCUGCAUCUACUCGCUCUUUAAUGUCAUCUCUAUUGUCAUCAAGCAGGUGCUCAACUGGAUGUUGGAGAAAAUGAGCUGCUUGUUUUGCCAGCGCUGCAAUAAGGCCAACGCUUUCCUGGGCAGACGCAAUGCCAUCCGCCCGGGCUCCAGGGGUCGCCAGGGUCGGUUUGGCCAGGCGCCUGACUCAGAUGGACCUUGCGAUAGUGACACUGAGGGACGCAGACUAUCAGGGGAGAUGAUCUCUAUGAAAGACCUGGCAGCCUCUAACAAGGUGUCGCUGGCCAUCAUGCAGAAGCAGCUGUCUGAGUCAGCCAACGGAUAUCCCAGGACAGUCUGUGGUAGCUCACGCCAUAAUGGUUUCUCUGGGGGUGUUGGCGCCCUCGGUAUCAUGAACAACAGGCUGGCAGAGACAAGUAACUCCAGGUAGAGGACACAGUGGGAUCAGAAACAAAGUAUGAGAGCUCUUAAUUCUCAUACUGCGCAACAAACCCUGAGGUUGAUCGCCAUAGAAAAAAUACAAGGCAUUUGAAAUGGAUUGCCAUUGUAACUUGUUAUGCAUGAUAAAUAUGAUUUUUUUUUAUCCUUUGGGAAUUACAAGCCUGUGGUUAUAAUACAGGUAAUGAUGGUGAUGUUUUUGGUGAUGAUGGCAUGAAGAGAGAACCACAGAGUCAACAAAAAACAUUAGUUGAUGUGGAAGCAUGGGGACCACCCAUCACCCAUUUCAUUAACAUCAAACCCAACCCAGAACAAAUCACUGAAAGUCUCUUAAAUAUCAGUGUUAGUCUGCAGAGGAAACAGUCUGUUAUAUAGGCUCAAUAUAUCAAACUUAUAUGACUGAAAUGCUGCCCUGUAAAGGAGUGCAGUUGCUAUUGUUUAGGGGUUUCUUUGAAUGUCCAUAUUGAAUGCUGAUGUAAACAUGAAGUGUAAUCACUGAAUGAUAUAGCACAUACUGAUCUAUGCAUUAUACUUCUCAUGCAUUUUUUGCACCAUUUCUAGAGCUUCUAUUGAUUGUGCAAACCCCAUUCUUUCUUGACACAGGUCAAGUUUUACCCUCAGGUGAUUAAUGUCAUUUCUGGGGGGCAAGUGUGGAAAGUAGAUUUUCUAAGCAUGGCCGUGAUGUAGCUGAUUUUGACAGGGCUGUAGCGAGAGAAGGUUUUAGUAUGCCACACUAAGGGGCAACAAAGAGUAAUUUCCCAUCGCCCAAGAUGAUGGAGAAAAGAGCAGAGUUGAAGAAUGAAAAAUCCAUUUCUCGUGAGAGAGGAACCGGUCUUCUUAUCAGCUCAGAACAUGCUUCGGCAGCCCAAGACUUGGACUUGAAGGGUAAAAGAAGGCACAGUUUCUCUCUCUUCUUUUUCAAGCUUACAGCUGUCUGCAAGGAAAACAACUGAUAAAGGCUCUCAAUGUAUUAAUUACUCUUUGAAUGCAGAAUGUAGACUUAUGUAUUUGUAAAACAGAAUAAAUGAAAAGUAAGUUGAUGUUUGUUUGAAGUGAAAUAUAAGGGAAUGGAAGGAGAUGGAGAGGGAGGUAAAAUAUGGAUGGUUUCAUCCCGUAGGCGCAUUAUGUUAAAUGAUGCAGAUUGAAAGUAGCCCGGUCAAUCUCAGAUGCUGAAGUGGAAAACAAAACCCUAAAGGAUUCUCUGACUUGCAUUGAUUUAUCUUUUGUGGGGAAUUUUCUGUUUUCGUUGAGGGAGACUUCUUUACAGAUACAUGGCUCUCUCUGGAAAACAAAGCAUGAUCCAAAAGCCUGCAGAGGCUGAUUUUCCUCUUGAUUUCAGUGUAAACGUGUAGCCGAGGUUUAAUGGAUGGAGGGUGUUUGCAGCGGAUACGGUUCUACCCUGUCAGGCUGCACAAUCAAAUGUCUCGUGUUACCAGUAACUAUUCUUCCAAGGCAUCUGUGAUGUAAAGCUAUGUGAUGGUGGUGUUUGAUGUUCACAAACAGCAAGACAGAGGAGGAGACAUUGAUAAUUAAACUGUCCGAAAGACAGUGAUGAAGGAAGAGAACUAGAGAGAGGGGCUGGUGACAGCAGAGGAGGUGUAAGAGGUGGUGUUAAUCGACUCCCUUCAUAUCCAAAUCCAUACCCAAUACAAAUCAGUGGCCUUUCUCGGCCAAGGGCUCAACUUUUCCUGGCGCCCACUUUUAACAUCUAUUAUCCUCCCAGGCUGCUCACUUCUUUUUACCCUGUCAUCUGCAUUCACUUCACACACACUGCACCAAAACCCUCCUGCUUCCUUUGUCUUGCAGAUCUCGGCUCUCUCCUCACGCUCAUCACCCUUACACUGUGAAUAUGAGACAUGCCAUAAAUGUAUAUAUAUAUUUAGCAUUGGAACGUCUUAAAAAGAGCUUUUACAAUAAUGCGUGACUUGGAUCUGGAUCGAUCCUUUGUUGAUUUUCAGAGCAUAGAGCUGAAUAAUUUCCCUUACUCCCCAGUCUCACCAAGCGGAAUAGAGAAAAUGACUCAGGUAGUUAAAUCUUCAGGCUUGUCUUAGUUUUUCCUGCAUGCCAUUAUGGUAAAGCCAUACAAGAUAGAUGUAUAUAAAACAGAGGACUCUUUAAAGUCUAUUUUUCUACAUAUAGGUUUCAAUUAUAUACAUGUGGGUGAUUGAAGAAGUCUUAUUGUCAUGUGUCUUACACAAUCAGUCAACAGAUUGAUAAGAUGCAGUGUUCAGAACCUAUCUACCCCCCAAAAACAUGGACAUCAGAGUUACAAAGAGAAUGCAGGCAUCCUGGUGUUAAAGAAUAUUUUGAAAGUUUUGGAAAUAUGUAUACUUGCUUUCUUGCAGACAGUACCUCUCUCACAUCUAUGUGGUAAAAGUGAAGUUUGAGCUGGUUAGCUUAGCUGAGAGACUGGAGCUAUUUUGUUGUAAAACCACAACCAGUGUUUUUUUGCAGGUUUUUUUAGGUGCCAGCCAAGAAAUAGUCUGGCACAUAACCCCCCAUAAAACAGUGAAUUGUCGAGAUGUAAUGUGUUGACUAGAAAGUUUUACAGCCAGGCUAGCUUUUUCUCCCUUUUUCCACUAUUUAUACUAUGCUAGGCUACCUUCAUACCUAUGUCCUAGGAUAGUAAAAUCUGCCCAGCAGCACCUCUAAGAUUCACUAAUUAACACAUUAUCCCUCAUUUGUGACUAGUUUUAUGACCAUCCAGCUGUUGCCCCUAUUUUCCAUCUUCACGCAAUGCUAAGCUAACUGUCGCCGGCUGUAGCUUCAUAUUAGUGAAUACAUGUAUUUCCCAAAAUGUCAAUUUAUUCCUUUAACAGUUCUCACCAGAGUGGCUCAUGAGCAGCGGAGUGAGCAUGUAUUGGUAAUGUGAUGUGAGGCUUGCAGUGCCGGGGGGAGGGUGUCACGCUGUUGUUAACAGUGACAUUGUGGACACAGGAAAGUGUCAAAUCCUGGGACAUGUGGGCAUGCUGUAAUGACACACCUGUAGUUUGAAGUCAAUGGUGUUUCCCUGCUGUAAUAUGUCACAAAGGGAGGAUGUUUUGCUGGCACGUCUCUAGAAUAAUGAUGUUAUACAUGAACCUUCAAUUUCCCUCUGAGGCUUAAGGUUACAGUGGCAGAGAUUUCAGGAUUGCUUACUGAUUUUUAAAAGCUCCUGUAGCUAUCAGCUGCACUGUAUCCUUAGCCUUAAUUUUGACAAGGAGCAUGUGUGUGAUAAUGCAUUUGUGUGUCCAAACUAGUGUGUAAAAGAAUGAAAAUGAGAAUUUAAGGACUGUGAAUGUUAUCUUAAAUGCUUCCCUAAACAUAAAUCCCACAGAGGUUAUUUGACUCAAUAUAGUAUCCAUUAAAAUGUAUUUUCCUUAAGCCUGAAACACAUCAAGCUUUUAAGACACUGAAUAUAGUAUUUAGAGUAAUGUUUGCUCACCUAAAAUGCAUGCAUGUCUUGAAAUCAAUUGCCUUACUUUAGUCCUUGCAUAUUACAAAAAGGUUCCUAAUUGAAAAGAUUAUAGUGUGUAGAGCUUGUGUGUUGUACUAUACAAUCCUUUUGCAUUUUGCAAAAUUGAUCUCCAUUGAUUGCAAUGGUUUUAACUGCUCCACUGUCCUCUGUAUCUUCUGUAAGAGGAGACAGGUGGUCUUAGCAUUUAUUGUAUGUUUGUAUUUGUUAUCAGCAGAAAUGCCUCUUUAAUGUGAUAUCACGACAUUUCUUUUUAGUGUAAUUAAUUCCUCUCAUGUUCUCACCAAACAUGAAAUUAGACUGAAAUGAUGCAAAAUUUUAAAGCCCACACUGUUUGUAUAUAAUAUGGGUGAACAUAGCAGACUUGGUUGUCAGCGUUAAUUUAAUCUUUAAUUGUUAAAAUGAACACUGCCAGUGUUUAUUCCAGUCACAACAUAUUGUACUGUAUUCACACUGGAAAAUCUGUUCUGUAGUCAACAGCACUUUGACUGUAAAAUAGCUCCAUUAAAAUGUCAUGCUCCAUAGCCGUUACAAGCCACAUAAUAAAAACAAUUUGUUUGAAAUAAGCAGAGACUGGAGAUGUUGUUAGUGUUAAUUUUGAAGGCAGAUGAUGGUGCUAAUGGCAUUAUCAUUUACUCAGCAAAGCCAUUAUUUCUUUGUGAUCACAGUAUGAUACAUAACACUGCGCUCUCCCCACUUUCCUCUGAGGAAGAGCGCAUGUGAUCCCUUUCGUAUUUUCAGACUGUUAAAGCCGCUUGUUUCAGGAACAAAAUGUAUGUACAUUAAUUUGGCUGGAGCACAUUGGAAAUGGCAGUUACCAGCGGGCAGGUAAACAGCCGAGUGGCUCGGUAACACAAUGAUGUAUUACAGCUCUGCUUGGCUGCUUCUGAUCUUUAACAAGAGUAACAUAGUUGGCUUUGAUCUGGAGCUUGAUUUCCAAAUCCACAGGACAUUUGUGCCUGAUAUAUUUAUCAUUAUCUUUUGUUAGAUAAAGAUGGACAAUAUGAAGCCACAAACUACAUUCAGAUCUCAAUUUUAAAAAUCUGCUUCAGGUGUCUGUAAUGCACAGUUCAGUUGACCUUUGCCUAUCGACAUUUACAUCUACACCAUGGUGUGUGUCUCAUGUUGCUUGCAUUGUGGUGUAACAUCCAGUUAAUGUAUGCAAAUUAAUUCUGUUUGCAAGUUGCACAUUUAUACCAAUGAUUGUACUUUUAUAUUUAUGUAAUUAAAAGUAAAACCGAUAUGAAACAAGACCGGGUUCCAUUAAACACUGAUAUUUA